CCACGCCCCCGACAACUCGAGAAUGACAUAAACAACCUUAUCUUUUUUUUUAAGACUGGUAAAGAAGCAUACUGCAAAGAUCUGCCCAACCACCUCAAACCAUUUGAAUCUAUUCUGUCCAAAAGCAAAUCUGGAUUCCUAGUUGGUGAUCAGAUCUCAUUUGCUGACUAUAACCUGUUCGACCUUCUGCUGAAUCAUAAAGUCCUUUGCUCUGCCUCUCUGGACUCCUUCCCAGCUCUCAAGAGCUAUGUGGAUAAGAUUGCUGCCCGUCCCAAAAUCAAAGCCCUCCUGGAGUGUGAAAACUUCAAGAAGCUUCCCAUCAAUGGCAAUGGCAAGCAGUAAUUCAGUAGAAUAUUCUCAAACAAUGGCACUUGCUGUUAAAAGGCCUUAACUGGUGCUCUGUGAUUAGCAAAACAUCUUAUGUCUUUGUAUGAAUAUCUAUUUUCUAUGUUUAACUGUUUUUGAUAGUUUUUACUAACUAAAAUCCAUGUAUCAAUUAUCAUGAAUAAAAAAAAAAAAUAAAAAAAAUGUAAACAUCCAGAA